AUGUCUCUUUCUUCAAAUGAUUAAUUAGAAAUAGAUGAUUCAGCUGAGUAUUCCUAUCCUAAAUCUCCCAAAUCCAAAAAGAUUAAGAAAUGUGAAUCACUUUCUCCAAAAAAGAAUUCUGGUCAUUGGACUCAAGAAGAACAUUAAAAAUAUUUAAAAUUCCUUGAAGAUCAUGCAAAUAUCAAGAAAAAUAAUAAAAUAUUUAAACCUAUGAGUGAUAUCAUUGGAACUCGAUCACCUAGUUAGUGUAGGUAAAAAUAAUAUUAUUGUAGAUCUCAUCAUUAAAAAUUCAAUCCAUUAUCACCAAUGGUUUAGAAGAAAAGUCUCAAACUUUAACAAACAACAUAAUUAAUUACAUCUACACUAAAUGAAGAUUCCUAUCAAUACAAAGAAGAUGAUUGUCUUAAUCGUAGAUUGGUCUAACUUAUAAUUUUUGAUGAAGACGAACUACUAAAUCAACCUUAAUAAUUUAAUUUAGAUGAUUUUUUCUGA